CCCGCUGGGCUUCCGGACCGCCGCUUCCACCGCUGCCAAGACCGGGCGGACACUCCUUGGGUACGCUAUGUUAUCGCGAUCUCCGCGUGUUUACCGGACGCUGUGCCGUUCCCUGUCAGCGGCCUGUCAGGUCAGUAGUGUGCUGGUCCCACAGAGUGCUUCAGGUCACGCUGUCUGCAGCCAGAUAGUUUACAGGAAAUCUCAGCUAUGCGAUUUUCCAUCAUCAGUCAAUAUCUCCCAAAUAAGAUACUUUAAGACAUCUGCUCUUCACAGGGAUGAAGUGGUCACAGUCAAAACUCCUGCAUUCGCAGAAUCAGUUACAGAGGGGGACGUGAGGUGGGAGAAAGCUGUGGGUGACUCUGUGACAGAAGAUGAAGUGGUUUGUGAAAUCGAGACUGACAAGACCUCAGUGCAAGUCCCCGCUCCUGCCACCGGUGUAAUCGAGGAAUUACUGGUGCCUGAUGGAGGGAAGGUAGAAGGAGGAACGCCCCUCUUUAAACUCCGGAAAGGAGCUGCUGCUGCCAAAGCUGCCCCCUCCCCAGCUACAGAUGCACCACCUCCAGCAGCCGAAACCUCUCCUCCAUCUCCACCCCCUCCUCCACCCUCAGCCCCUGCUGCCACACCUCCAGUGCCACCACAGCCCACCCAAGCCAAGCCUGUUGCUGCUGUCAAACCCAGUGCUGCAGCUCCAGCCCCCACAGCAGCUCCUUCAGCACCAGGAGUCAGAGGAGAAAGCAGGGUGAAGAUGAACCGUAUGAGACUGAGGAUCGCUCAGAGGCUGAAGGAGGCUCAAAACACCUGCGCCAUGCUGACCACCUUCAACGAGGUGGAUAUGAGCAACAUUCAGGAGUUGAGGAAUCUCUACAAGGAUGCUUUCUUAAAGAAGCACAACACCAAACUGGGUUUUAUGUCAGCGUUUGUUAAAGCUGCUGCGCACGCUCUGACCGACCAACCUGCUGUCAACGCCUUUAUUGACGACACAACCAAAGAGAUUGUCUACAGAGAUUACGUAGAUAUUAGUGUUGCUGUGGCCACUCCUAAGGGGCUUGUCGUACCUGUGAUCCGUAACGCUGAGACCAUGAACUUCGCAGACAUUGAGAAAGCCAUCAAUGCACUGGGAGAAAAGGCUCGUAAAAAUGAGCUUGCUGUAGAAGAUAUGGAUGGAGGCACUUUCACCAUCAGCAACGGUGGCGUGUUUGGUUCAUUGUUUGGCACACCCAUCAUUAACCCCCCGCAGUCUGCCAUCCUGGGCAUGCACGGCAUCUUUGACAGACCUGUGGCCGUUAAUGGCAAAGUUGAGAUCCGGCCCAUGAUGUACGUGGCGCUGACAUACGAUCACCGACUCAUUGACGGCAGAGAAGCCGUCACCUUUUUACGUAAGAUUAAAGCAGUGGUAGAAGAUCCACAAGUGCUGCUCCUGGACAUGUGAUGCUCUCUUCUAAAAAGAUUCAGCUGCAUAAAAUGAACUCAGCAUCACAGAAAACGCACAGUCGCUAGCCUGUACAAGUAUUUUUUUUUAACUAUUGAAACUACAGGGAUGUACUGAGGUUGUGUUCCAAUGAUCAUUGCACUUAAUGUUGCCUAAAUUGAUAAAACAAAAAACCUGCUACUUUGAUCAGUAAUUCUUUUGCUACAUUUGAAUCACUCAGAUGGAAAACAGCUUGCCAGUAGGUGCGUUAUAAAGCCCUCAGAUGGUAAUAUGAAGCCGUUCAUAAACUCACUGUAUUCUCGUCACAGUUGCAUAAUCAUAAAACAGAAAGGCUUUUCCAGACAGCAGCUUUUUCCCCUGCUCGUUAGUGCUCUUGUGCCACUUAUUUUCCACAGUGGAGCUAAAACAGGGUUAAUUCAAAUUAGUUCAAGAUGUUUGAUGUUAACACAGCUUUCACAGAUUGCUUUGGUUAGAUGCCGUAACCAGCAACAGUCUGGGAAAAAACGAGUCAGCAACCAGGAAACGAGCUUUUUAUGGAAUAUGUGUACGGCGGUGCCACGUCGACUCUGUUUGACUUGGUUUAAUCAUAUUCCUGCUUGUCCUGUAUAUCGUGAUCUAGUAUAAACCUGCCUCACUCAUGGUUGUCAAGGCUACAAGCUUUGAUCGAACUGUUAACAAACGCACAUCAUUUCAUUGUUUUUUUUUUCUUUUUCAGCAGAGACCGUACAAAACACAAACCUCGUGCUUUUUUUUUUUUUAAAUACACAUUUUGUUACUUUAUGAAAAAUGUUGGAAUUAAAGUUCAAAAUGCUGAUUUUAUGUUGGACCAUUCAUUGUCAUUGUCCUCUCAUAUAUGAAAUGCUUCUACCUAUUUAAAGAAACAAUUUUAAACAUUAAACUUUCUUCGGUUUUAUGUACUGAAA